UGCAAGUACAGGGCCUGCCUUCAGAAUCCAAGUCAGAGGUCGGCUGGUUGCUUCAUAAUACCGAGAACUGCCCCAGUGUGUGUCAAGGGCACGGCCAGGCUUUCCUGCAGUUUUAUUAACUUUUCAUGUAUCAGAGGCAAAAAAAAAAAAAAAAAAGAUGGCUCUACCCAGCUCCGCUAUUCAUUUUCUGCUUCUGGCAUCUGAUUUCUUGCCCACUUCCCAGGCCUUCCACGGAGAGGCAAGCUCGAGCCGAAUGGGAAGCCGUGACUCUAGCAGCCGGCUUUUCCUGCUGCGGUAGUUUUUUCCAGGAGAGGCAGGAUUCAGAGGCUGUUCACGGGAACAGCCCCCUGACCUUCCAGCGAGGCUAUGAUAAGCAGGCCCCUUGUCUGGAGACCCGCAGAUGAGCCUGGGUGACUCUGACAGUGACUCUGACAGAAAUGAGUUAAGCAAUGUCGUCCCUGGGGCCCACACACAGCCCAGCUCCGGAUGUGAGGCUCUGGCAGACACCGGCCUCCACAGCCACAGUCAUGGCCAACAGGACCAACGCCUCCGUCCCGUACACCAGCUAUGAAUAUUACCUGGAUUACUUGGACCUCAUUCCUGUGGAUGAAAAGAAGCUGAGAGCCAACAAGCAUUCCAUCGUCAUCGCCUUUUGGGUGAGCCUGGCAACUUUUGUGGUGCUCCUCUUCCUGAUUCUGCUCUACAUGUCCUGGUCAGGCUCCCCGCAGAUGAGACACAGGCCCCAGCCCCAUCGGAUAUGCCCAUGGAGUCACAGCCUCGACCUCCCCUUCUGCCCCAGGAGGGCCUCCCCGCAGACAACAGAGGAACCAGGAAGCAGAACUGGCUCUGAGCAAUGGUUACAGCAGCAGAGUCCCUCUGCCUCGGCCCUGGAACCAGGCUUGGGAUGGGGCUUCCCAGGGCAUCAGCUGACCUCAGGCACAAGCAAGGGGGUGUAGUGGUGAGCCCCGAGACAGAACUUCUCAACUGUGGAACUGACAAACUGAUACACUCAAAUCAACAUGGACCAUUUACAGUGGAGCAAGAACCUGACCAGGUCACAGCCAAGUCUACAGGGAGGACCAUCACUCACGUUCACAGUCCGGGGAGGACCAUCACACACGUUCACAGUCCGGCUACCAUGCAGAAGCUGCCCCGACACAGCUGAUUCUGUUGAAUAUGUUAAUCUGCUUGCUGCUUGCAUUUGCUUUGGGAUGCGUAGGAAAAUAAAACAUAAAUCAGGA